UUCAGAUUUCAGAUUUCAGUAAAAUGUAAAAUCCAAUUCUAAUAACAACGCACUAAUUUACUGACACGAUCGUGAGUAAUAUUAGAAAUAAAAAUAAGUUUUAUAACUUCAAGAUAUCAAAAACUAUUAUAAAUCAUCAUUAUUCAGUUAACUUAUGAUAUGUGGCCUGUCAUCAAUUGAAAUGGAGGAAGCAGAGCUAUCCUCAUUGCAAACAGUGUUCGAAACGCUGAGACUUGCUUCCUGCCAAGAUCCAGCUGUUUUGAAACCUGCUGAGGAAAAGUUGAAGGAAUGGGAAAUCGUUCCAGGCUACUACUCUAUUCUCAUGAAGAUAAUUUUGAAACACGACAUAGAUCUGAACGUGCGAUGGCUUGCGAUUCUAUGUUUGAAAAAUGGCGUCGACCGGUACUGGCGUCGCAAUAUCAGCAAUGGCAUCAGUGACCUGGAGAAGGACGGCCUCCGAAAAAGUCUGCUCUGCAACAUUCGCGAGCCAGUCCUCCAGAUCGCCACUCAGAUGGCUGUUAUUGUCGCCAAAAUUGCUAGACUGGACUACCCGCGCGAAUGGCCUCAACUGAUGCCCGCACUGUUGAGCGAGCUGAGGAGUGGAGGGGCGGAGCAGAGAGCGCUGCUUGUGCUGAGCCACGUCAUCAAGAGUCUGUCGAGCAAGCGGCUGGCCGGUGACCGCAAGCUGUUCCAGGAACUUACCGCUAACAUCUAUCCCUUCCUCUAUCAGCAGUGGACGGUGCACACCAAUGCUGCCAUCGCUCAGAUAUCGUUUGGCGACGAUAAGUGUGUGCACACCCUGGAAAAGGCCAGUCUGCUGCUGAAAUGCUUGUACAAGUUGACCGUGUAUGGCUUCGUCAAACUUCACGAGUCGUCCGAGGCAGCCUCCUUCCUACACUCCAUAUUCGGACACACCAAGACAAUGCUCGAACAACGUAAAACAGUGAAAGCAAUACAUGGUGUGACAGAAAUGUUGGAAAAGUUUAUAAUGAAAAUGACGAAAGUGCAGGCGACGGUGCUGUCAGACCACCCGUUCUCCUACAUUGAUCUACUGCAGCCAACACUAGAAUUAACCUAUUACUACAUAUUUGUGCCGGACAACGAGGCUUUCCUUUUCGAAUCAUUUUUGAUUCUUUGUCUCAAUAGACUGAAAACAAUUGUACAGACUUUGGAGUUCAGGCAGGGUAAGCAGAGAGAAAGCUGCUCUUCCAAGCUAUUUGAUGCUCAAGCAAACGAACUAGAGAUACGAACAGCCCAGGCUGUGGAAAUAAAGAAGGAAUUUUUCAAUGAGACUGUCCUGAAUGUGAUCUGCCGCAAGCUGAUAACCCACUACUUCCUGCUCACUCCGCAAGAUCUGGCUCUGUGGGAUUCUGAUCCAGAAACUUUCUCUAAAAACUAUAACAUUUAUUCUAAGAUAUGUGGCCUGUCAUCAAUUGAAAUGGAGGAAGCAGAGCUAUCCUCAUUGCAAACAGUGUUCGAAACGUUGAGACUUGCUUCCUGCCAAGAUCCAGCUGUUUUGAAACCUGCUGAGGAAAAGUUGAAGGAAUGGGAAAUCCUCCCAGGCUACUAUUCUAUUCUCAUGGAGAAAGUUUUCAAACGCAAACCUCGUAAUUUGGAAGAUUUGAAGGAGGCAAUUCGUGAAGAGGUGGCACUAAUCACCGAGCAGACACUACAGCUAGUAUGGCAGAGCUUCCUCAACAGAAUUGAAAACUGCAUCAGAGAAGACGGCCGUCACCUUCCUGACCUUAUUUUCAAGAUAAUUUUGAAACACGACAUAGAUCUGAACGUGCGAUGGCUUGCGAUUCUGUGUUUGAAAAAUGGCGUUGACCGGUACUGGCGUCGCAAUAUCAGCAAUGGCAUCAGUGACCUGGAGAAGGACGGCCUCCGAAAAAGUCUGCUCUGCAACAUUCGCGAGCCAGUCCUCCAGAUCGCCACUCAGAUGGCUUGUGUUUGUUUUUGGCAGAUAUCGUUUGGCGACGAUAAGUGUGUGCACACCCUGGAAAAGGCCAGUCUGCUGCUGAAAUGCUUGUACAAGUUGACCGUGUAUGGCUUCGUCAAACUUCACGAGUCGUCCGAGGCAGCCUCCUUCCUACACUCCAUAUUCGGACACACCAAGACAAUGCUCGAACAACGUAAAACAGUGAAAGCAAUACAUGGUGUGACAGAAAUGUUGGAAAAGUUUAUAAUGAAAAUGACGAAAGUGCAGGCGACGGUGCUGUCAGACCACCCGUUCUCCUACAUUGAUCUACUGCAGCCAACACUAGAAUUAACCUAUUACUACAUAUUUGUGCCGGACAACGAGGCUUUCCUUUUCGAAUCAUUUUUGAUUCUUUGUCUCAAUAGACUGAAAACAAUUGUACAGACUUUGGAGUUCAGGCAGGGUAAGCAGAGAGAAAGCUGCUCUUCCAAGCUAUUUGAUGCUCAAGCAAACGAACUAGAGAUACGAACAGCCCAGGCUGUGGAAAUAAAGAAGGAAUUUUUCAAUGAGACUGUCCUGAAUGUGAUCUGCCGCAAGCUGAUAACCCACUACUUCCUGCUCACUCCGCAAGAUCUGGCUCUGUGGGAUUCUGAUCCAGAAACUUUCUAUAUAAACGAAUCGGCUGAAAAUUGGAAAUAUAGUCUGAGGCCAUGCGCAGAGGCGUUGUUCCUGGCGCUGUUCUACGAGUUCAAGAGCGAGCUGAGCCGGCAGCUGGUGGAGUUAGUGGAGUGUAAUCACGCUCCCGUGCCCGGCCAUCACCUGCAGGCCAUUCUCGCCAAGGACGCCGUCUACAAUGCUAUAGGGUUGGCUGCGUUCGAGCUCUACGAUCAGAUCAACUUCGACAACUGGUUCAUGUCGACACUGAGCGUGGAGCUGAAAGGCGGUGACACCAACUACCGAAUCAUCAGACGGCGAAUAGCGCUGCUACUGGGUCAGUGGAUUAGCGUCAAAUUGGCUCGCGAGCUGCGUCCUUCGCUCUAUGUCGCCAUGCUUGCUCUGCUACAGGAGUCGGAAGACUGUGUGGUGCGCCUGACAGCAGCCAACACCAUCAAGAUGGCCGUCGACGACUUUGACUUCAACUCGGAGCAAUUUGCCGAAUUCCUCGAACCCUUCUUCAGCCUGCUGUUUGCACUGUUGAAGGAUGUGCACGAGUGUGAGAGCAAGAUGCAAGUGCUGUACAUUCUAUCUUUUAUAAUUGAACGAAUGGGCAGUCAGAUCAUUCCCUACUCGCAAGGACUGAUACAAUACCUGCCAUUUCUAUGGUACGAAUCCAACGAUCACAAUAUGCUGCGCUGUGCUAUUGUGUCCACUCUCAUGCGACUUGUCCAGGCGCUGGGAACAUGGGAGAACCACAAUCUGCAACGAAUUCUGUUUCCUGUGAUUGAGCUGAGCACUGACAUCAGCCAGUCUGCUCAUGUGUAUCUGCUGGAGGAUGGACUGGAGUUGUGGGUGGCUGUCAUUGAAAAUGCAUCCUCUAUGACUCCAGACCUGUUCAUGCUUUUCAAAAACAUGCUGCCACUAUUGGAUGGUUCUUCAGAAUAUCUCAAAUCAUGUCUUCUCAUCAUUGAAGCCUAUAUAAUAAUGGAGCCCGAUAGUAUAAUGCAGGAAUUCGGCGACGGACUAAUUAGGACAUUCAAUUUGUUGAUGAGAGACAUGUCCAAUGAAGGAGUGACUCAGGUGAUGAACGUUGUGGAGAUAUUUUUGAAAGCAAAGCCGGCAACAGCGAUCAACAUUAUCAAACCGGUACUGCCUAUGGUUUUCGAAGCUAUUCUCCACGGCAGUCAACUUCCUUUUUUGAUGUCGACAAUCCUUGCAGUUAUGGCCAGGGUGAUUCUCAUCAGAAACGACGUUUUCUUGGAGGUAAUGAUGGAAUACAGCCAGUCGCGGCGGAUGAAAGUUGAAGAGGUUUUUGGCGAAUUUCUUGAUAGUUGGCUGAAAAAAAUGGAAAUUGUCACACAUCUCGACAGGGAAAAAUUGUUGGCCUUAGCAUUGGCUUCUAUGUUAGCAUCUCCAGAUAGGUAAGUUAUCAUUUUAGGCCUACAAUACAGAGUUUCCCAAAAAAUAGGCUACCACUCGAUACAUAAUUUCAAUCGCUUACCGUUGA